AUGUCAAUCGUGAAAUCUUCAAAAAACAAGGAUCAAAUUUUACUUAGUGGUUAUCGUUAUCGUCGUGCAAAUGAAUCUCAAAUUAUUUGGCGUUGUUGUCGAAAUGACUGUGCUAGUCGUUCUUUUUAUUCACCAUGGUUUAACAGCGAAAAAACCUAUUACUAUCAAGCUACAGCUCAAAGUAAUAGAAUAUAUACAACAGGUACUGUUACUCUCGGAUCAACAACAACAGAUAACUAUAGUUAUGGAAACAAACUUACUGAUAUGGAUGUACCAAAUAUAAUUUACAAUAGUAUUUAUAAUGGAAAAUUACCAAAUGAUCCAAACAGUAUCUAUUUGAUGCUUAGUUCUCCAGAUGUAAUGGAAAGUUCUUCACCAGGUGCAUCUUUUUGUAGUCAAUAUUGCGGAUAUCAUACGUAUUUCUCUGUUGGAUCUACAAUUUACAUCUAUGGAUUUAUAGAAAAUCCAUUGAAUUGUAUGGACGGUUGUGCUGUCUAUAAUUAUAAUGUUUCACCUAAUAGUGAUGUUGGUAUUGAUGCUAUGUUAAGUCCAAUUGCACAUGAAUUAGUGGAAGCUAAAUCUGAUCCAUACUUAGAUGCAUGGGGAGAUUCAAAUGGGGAGGAAAAUGCUGAUAAAUGUGCCUACACAUAUGGAACUCUUUAUCGGCUUUCAAAUGGAGCUCACUACAAUAUGGUUGUUGGUGGCAGUGCAUAUCUUAUUCAACGAAAUUGGGAUGCAAAUCUUCAACAAUGUGCAGUAUCCGCCUAA